AUUCCAGUUCAGGCCCCGAGUAUACAAAUAGGAAGAUGAUUUUUCCCUCCCUGCCUUUGAGGAUAACGAGUACUGUUGUCGAAAGAGAGGGUGGGGUGUAAGGGACUCAUCGCCACUGCAUUUCACAGCAGCGUGAGAAUGCUAGAUAAUGGGACCCCUUUCAAACCCUGCAUCCCUAGAACCAACGGCUGUGUCUAGCAAAUAGAUGCUCGGCCAAUACUUGCCGAAUGGAUCUAUAGUCGCAGAGGGCAAACUAUCAUAGACUGGGAAUUGUAAUAGGGCUUCCAAGGGAAAUACCAUUAGAGCUGUUUGAAGGAAGAUUUUUAACCUCCAGCUGAAGGAGACAUAAAGACAUCUCUGAAUUUUACUUCUCUUGCAAGAAAUUCAUACUCGUUGUCCUUUUUCCAUCCCCAUAGAGCAGUACGCCCAAACCUGCGUAGGGGGGGGGAAUGGGGUUUAUCCACAGAAUCCAGCGCACGUGAAAAGUUUGAGAUGUGCAAACUCACCUCCACUGCACAGACCUCUACCUCUGAAUGAGUUAUAGGUAACCUUUGACUCUUUUCACGCCUCUCAUGACCCAUUUUCCUGCUGGAGCCGUUUUCCUCUUUGGUUCUUCAAGAUGACCAUAACAGCAGGUACAGUGUGGGAGGCAGGAGGGGGCGUAAUCAAGGUGGUAGACAGACGUCCAUGGAAUAAGUGGAUGGAUCCAGAGAAGUUCGCGGUUCAGCACUUAGUUGGUUUUCUUCAUUUAGAAAGUCUCAACCUCUGAGAAAGAUAUGCAAACACCCUCAGCUGUCAUCCGCUCGAGAGCGGAGGCUCCAGGAGGAAAGGGUUAACCUCCCCAAAGUUUUGGUCUUUCAAGUCACACCCACUCCCGACGGCUUUGUUCACACUCUCGCGAGAGUAUGCAAAAACCGAGAUACCGCUUUUAACAAACCCCACCCCCAGCCUUGUUAGUUGCCUAGCAACGACGCAGCCAACCUCCGCCCGUGCGGGGCAACUUGGGAACUCGCUCUCUUUUCCCCUUCACGGCGCCGUCCUCCUCGGGGAGCCUGCGUCAGCGAGUCCGGCCGGAGCCCCGCCCCCCCGGAGUCCGCGGGCGCCGAUUGGUCGAGGAUUCUCUCCAGACCCCUGAAGAGCCGCCAUGUCUGAGGAUCCUGCACCUUCCUCAGAACAGAGCGACAGCAGCUGUCAAACCAAAGCCUCAAGUCUCCGCAUGUCCGAGAAGAAAUGUUCAUGGGCAUCCUACAUGACCAACUCCCCGACUCUCAUCGUUAUGAUUGGCUUGCCAGCCCGGGGCAAGACCUAUGUGUCCAAGAAGCUCACACGUUACCUCAACUGGAUCGGAGUGCCCACCAAAGUGUUUAAUCUUGGGGUAUACCGGCGUGAAGCAGUCAAGUCCUAUAAGUCCUAUGACUUCUUCAGGCAUGACAACGAGGAGGCCAUGAAGAUUCGCAAACAGUGUGCUGUGGUGGCACUGGAAGAUGUUAAGGCGUAUCUCACCGAGGAGAGCGGGCAGAUUGCGGUGUUUGAUGCCACCAAUACAACUAGGGAGAGAAGGGACAUGAUUUUGAACUUUGCCAAGGAGAAUUCCUUCAAGGUGUUCUUUGUGGAAUCUGUCUGUGAUGAUCCUGAUGUCAUCGCUGCCAACAUCCUGGAAGUAAAGGUGUCAAGCCCUGAUUACCCUGAAAGGAACAGGGAGAAUGUGAUGGAGGACUUCCUAAAGAGAAUUGAGUGCUACAAAGUCACCUAUCAACCCCUGGACCCAGACAACUAUGACAAGGAUCUUUCUUUCAUCAAGGUGAUCAACGUGGGCCAGCGGUUUCUAGUGAACAGAGUCCAGGACUACAUCCAGAGCAAGAUAGUCUACUACCUCAUGAACAUCCACGUCUAUCCCCGCACCAUCUACCUUUGCCGGCACGGAGAGAGCGAGUUCAAUCUCCUGGGGAAGAUUGGGGGUGACUCUGGCCUCUCGGCGCGGGGCAAACAGUUUGCCCAAGCUCUCAGGAAGUUUCUGGAGGAACAGGAGAUAGCGGAUCUCAAGGUGUGGACCAGCCAGCUGAAGAGGACCAUCCAGACCGCGGAAUCGCUGGGGGUGACCUACGAGCAGUGGAAGAUUCUGAAUGAGAUUGACGCUGGCGUGUGCGAGGAGAUGACCUACGCGGAGAUUGAGCAGCAGUACCCAGAGGAGUUUGCACUUCGAGAUCAAGAGAAAUAUCUGUACCGCUAUCCUAGCGGGGAGUCGUACCAGGACCUGGUGCAGCGGCUGGAGCCUGUCAUCAUGGAGCUGGAGCGCCAGGGCAACGUCCUCGUCAUCUCCCACCAGGCUGUCAUGCGCUGCCUCCUGGCCUACUUCCUGGAUAAGGGCGCAGAUGAGCUGCCGUACUUGAGGUGCCCUCUCCAUACCAUCUUCAGACUCACUCCUGUGGCCUAUGGGUGCAAAGUGGAAACGAUCAAGGUCAACGUGGAGGCCGUGAACACUCACCGCGACAAGCCAGCUAACAACUUUCCCAAGAACCAAACCCCUGUAAGGAUGAGAAGGAACAGCUUUACACCUCUGUCCAGUUCGAAUACAAUCAGGCGUCCAAGAAAUUACAGUGUUGGGAGCCGGCCCCUCAAGCCCCUCAGCCCUCUCCGUGCCCUGGACAUGCAAGAAGGGGCCGACCAGCCGAAGACCCAAGUCAGCAUUCCGGUGGUGUAACUGUGUGUUUCCCUCCAGUCCUGGCCUCCUGCCCUUGCCACUAAUCACCAACGAGUCAUUUAACUUCCAGUCCCCGCCUUCCCGACCACGAACGUGAGGCCCUGUGUUGCAAACCAACCUUAGCUCUCCUGCAGUGUGAACCCUCUCCCCAUCCUGGGGCAAGUUGCUUCAGAUCACGUCCUCAUUGCGUGGUCUGGAGGAGGAGGAAGAGGGGUGAUCGCCCCUGGACUGAUUAGCUUACCUGGGACUGAGGCUAAGCAGGGCCAGCACAUUGGUCCUUGACAGUCUCUGGUGUCCAAAAUGACUAAUGUCAGUAAAUUGGGGUGGAGUGGAGGGGGACACAUGAAGCCCAUUUUCCCUUUACCUUUGUCUCUUCAAAGUGUGCUUUACUCACAGCUCUUACCUGCCUGCUUCCUUCCCCCUCCCUCAUCUCCCCAUUGGAUUGUCUAGUGUGAUGCAUGUCAUUGUCACUGUAGUGUCUGACUAGGGGGGAAGGGAAGGUCAGCAAGAGAAAUUUUCUCUGCGAGGGGUGGGGGGGUGGGGGGGGAGCCUUUUCUUUCUCCUCCCUUUUUCUCAAGCUGGGUCUUGCUAGGGUCAGCCUAGGCUCUAGAACAUCCACAGAUGCUCUGGAGCUAGGAAGUGGAUGUAGGGUGAGAGCUCUUGCCUCCUUUCAUGAGAAAUAGCCCUAAGGUUUUGCUGCCCUGGGGAAAGCUGCCUCUGCGAGAGGGGGAAGUAGGUUGGUUUGUGUUUCUCUGGAGCCAGGCAUAGGCCUUCUGGCAGCUGUGGGGUGAGGUUUAGGAGAGAGGGCGGUCCCCUGCUGCUGCAGGGCUGUCUCAGGGCAGGUCCUAUCUGUUCUCCAGUGGCUCCCAGCUUCUCUGCCAGCCUCUGCCAGCCAGUGACCUCGGGGGCUGUUUAGAAGGACAGUGACCACUGAUUCAGGAGUCGCCACUGAUGUUUGAAUUGCUCAAGUCAAAAGGCAGAGAAGAGUUCAUCCAGCUGCUUAUUAUUUCCUAAACACUCCUUUUUAAUGAAAACAUCUCGAGGAGGCUUUGGGACCCUGCGGGGUCUAGGUUUUGCUGCUUGUAUUUAUUUCCCUAUUCCGCUCUGUCACUUUAUUUCUUUCUGUAGGAUUAAACAAAAGAUGUUUACAGCCGGGAUUCUUAGCCCCUCGGUGAUUUACGAUGGCAUGCUUCUCCCCCUGAAUUUGUAUGUAAAACAUGAAUAUGUGGGCAUUUUCACAAGAGAUUUUUAAAAGAGAGAGAUGACUCCCCAUCUUGAAGUUAUCAGUUUGUCUUUUAGAAGUAACCAGGGAGAACAUAGUAGCUGUUUGCCCUGGGGUUGGGGGUAGAGGGGGGUUGGUGACAGAAGACCUUUUGUCAAUAUUCUUAUCCAGGAAUUGUCAUUGGAACCCCCGUUAGCACUUUUGAAAUGUACACAUGCCUGGGUCUGUUUUAGGCUCAUUGUUCACUCAGAAUCUCUAGGGUUGGGGUCUGCACGUGCCUGUGGUCAAACAGCUUCCCUGUUGGUCCUGGUGUGUUCUCCAGGUUGGAGCUCCAUUCUGUGAGGUUUGUUAAAGGAAUACUGGGACAGUAGUUCCUUAGACAAAGCAGCAACCUAGGGAUUCUGAAUCUCCUGGAGCGAGAUGUUUCGCAGGUCCCAGUACUAAAAGCGGGCUGCUGUGUUCUAGAGUUAUUCUAGGUCCUAUCCCAUCUUUAACCACUUACACUGCAGGAACAAAUCACUAUGUAAAUACAUAAAUGUCCUUGGCUGAUCGCUGGGGAUUUUAAGCACCUGGAUGUAGGCACUGAGAUAAAACCUGUAGGUUGAGAAAGAUUAUCCUCAGAGGCAGCUGACUUGUGACCUUGAGUCCUUUAUUCUAAUUGGAAAUCUAGAACAGGACUUCACAGUGAGUUUCCUAAGGCUGCUUGCCUAGAUUCUGCUUGGAAUUACCUGCUCUUCCUGCUUAACCAUUUGCAUAAUGUGUACUUAGUUCUCAAUUUGUGGGGCUUUGGGCUAGGUGGAGUGGGGGUGCAGGGAUACAUAGAAGCAGAAGAAAAGGUGCUUGCCUUGAAGAAGGUUAUAUUAGAAUCAGGGCAUAUAAUUUAUAAUAAGUGAGCAUUUGUGAAACAGGCAACACUGAGUCUGUAGGUGCGGACGCUAAAGUGGAGUACAGAUUACUUGACCUUUCUCUUGUCCUUGACCAUAAGCCUGACCAAGUUGGGAGGUUGGAAUGCCACAGGUCACUGAGAUGUUCAUGAGGAUGACUUCCCUGCACUACCCCCUGUGCUAGUUUGCUUCUCCCAGAAGAGGAUCCUGAGGUGGUCUUAGUAUUCUCAGAGAGGACACAAGAAAUUAGAGCUUGACCACAGCAAGGGCUUCAGGCAUUCUUCAUUUUUAGAGCAAGAUUUCUCCAGAGAAGGUUCAACAGGAAGAAGCCAGGAGACCUUAGGAUGGAAUAGAGCUACAAAUUUUAUUUUAGAUAUUUCAUUUUUAAAAAUAAUAUAUUUUUAUUGGUUUCAGAGAGGAAAGGAGAGGGAGUGAGAAAUAACAAUGAUGAGAAUCAUUGAUUGGCUGCUUCCUGCAUGCCCCCCACUGGGGAUCGAGCUCACAAUCCAGGCAUGUGUCUUGACCGGGAAUCGAACCGUAAUCUCCAGGUUCACUUAACCACUGAGCCUUGCCAGCGGGUGAGCUACAAAUUUCAGAGAAGUCCUCUUCUAUCUUUUUUCUUGUCCUCCUCUCUUGUUACUUGAUUGUGUAUUAUUCUAUGAAGAAAAGGUGGAUUCGAGCAUUUUUUUUUUUUUUUUUUUUUUUUUUUUUGCCGAGCCUGUCAGUUUUGUUAUAGGAGUAAUAAGUGAAGGAUUUAGCAUCUAUCUAUUUUUCAGUUGCAGUUGCCAUUCAGUUCUAUUUUCUUUUAUUGCUUUAAAGCUGAAGGAGGAAUUCUGUGACAUACUUUAAUCCUCAGAUUUGAAUUUAGCUGUUACUUAUCUGUAUUGUCUUGAUUUUGUUUUGGUAAGGGGGUUGUUUUACAUUCAAUUGGAAAUCAGAAUAGGGAAGUAAUUUAAAACUCUAACAUUUUGUGCUAGAUGGUCUUAUCAUUAUCUCUGGGUUUUAUUUUUGUUUUUUUGUUUUUGUUCUUCUUUCCCCCCAAGAAGUUAAGAGUUAGGAAUACGAUGUUUGUUUUCCUAGACUGAACAGUUGAGUGUUUCUGAUGAGACUUUGCUGUUCCUCUUCGGAGGUCCUGGCAUUUUGAAGGAACAGAAAAUAGCUGUUUGGAAAUAAAUACAUCUUAAACGGUACUUCUGUGAGCAGGAGUUCUGAGUUCCAGAGAAACUAUGGAUGCUUGGGGUAGUGAAAGGAGUAGGGGGGAAGUGUCUAAAAAUGGAGAGAAUCAUAUCUUACACACAGUUCAUGGUCUUCUUCUAAGCUCAGAAGCCAGACUGUGUUUUCAAGAGAUUUGAUAAAUUUACCCAGGUGUUCCAGUGUGCAUUUAGACAUGUUUGUGUUUUAAAAUAUUUUAAUUUAAAAAGUUACAUAACAAGUGAGUCAGGUUUAGCAGGAUUGAUCUCUUACUUCCUAUAAAGGUGACAUAGACAUAAAAAGUAUGUCCAGGAAUUUAGUUGAGAUUCAUAGUGGCCAGAAGACUGUAUGUAGCAGUAGCUACAUCCUGACUCACUGACAGACUCUAGUGGGGUCAAUAUGCUGACUGAUAGACUCUAGUGGAGUCUGUAUGCUGACUGAUUGACUGACAGACUCUAGUAGGGUCUGUAUGCUGACUGACUAACAGGCUCUAAUAGGAUCCAUAUGCUGACUGACUGACUCUGGUAGGGUCUGUGUGCUGACCGGCUAUACUAGGAUAUGUAAGCUGACUGUCUGACUGUUUUGUAACUGUACCAGUUGGGAGUAUAUUAUUGUAGUUCUCUGUCUAUUGCAUGUGUCCUACAAAGAAAGGAAGUAAACACUCCACAUGUGUUUUUAGGGGCAAGUUCUGUAAAUUAUGAUUUCUAAUAGACAUUGCUUUUAGAGUGGCAGCCAAAGUUUCAUUUUUAGAAAAUGAAGGUUGUGUAUCACUUGUAUGACAUUUUGUAAACUCAGCUAAGGAAAUGUCUGCUCAAAGCCUGAAAUGGUUAUUCUACUUGAAGUCACCCCAUUCGUUCCCCAACUUCUAGGCGGAUUCCACUUUUACCACCUGUGUCUAAACCUUCUGUGUCCACAGCUUCUUUGUUAUAGAAUGUAGCACUCCAUUGGAUAAUGUGGUGAUGUUAGUCUGCCAUGCAUUUGGCGCUUAUUCAUAACCUAAUAAAUAAAAAUGCAAAGGUAAUUUUACUUUAAAAAUUUUAAGAGGUGGCAAAGUAUUCUUAGUAAGCCUUUCAUUGGGUCUCUAUGACUGAUAUUUACCUAUUCAAUGUUUUGUUUCUGAAUUGCUUAUGUACAUUUUUAAAAUUGUUUUGAAUUAACUAGAUCAACUCAUUCUGAUAUGGUAAUGGUUUUGCUAUGGCAAAAGCAAAGGACUGAUCACUAACUGUGCCCAGGUUGGGAAUAGGCUAAGUACUAUUGGGUUGAAUGGGAAUGGACUGGAAUGGGAACCCAAGCAAUAGAAUUAUCCUGCUGAUUUCCUAGGCACAGCUCUGUUGAAAGAAAGAAUGUAAGUCCUUAACAGCAUUCUGAUUUAAUCUGGUGACACUGAUAUCAAAAUAUGCCACUCAGAUCCACAGAAGGUGUGUAUAACUGUACUUGAAAUGUGUUUUGUGUGUGUGUGUGUGUGCAGAAUGGGUAAAUAAAAUUGUUAAGUAACUUGAACCUA